GGUCUUUGACAUUUUCGCUUGGGCGAAAGAGUAGAGAGAGGCACAGAAGCGAAGCAAACAAAAAUCAAAGCUCUCUCUCUCUCUCUCUGUGAGGAAGCGCAAAGCAAAGCGAAGGCAAGAGAGGAAGUUAGAGAGAGAAUCUUCCUCUCCCCCAUGCUUUCAAUUUCGUAGCAUAACAACAAUCAACGACCCCACAAAUUUCUCUUUCCCCUCUCUGAUUUUCUUCAACAAUGCCAGCUUCUCCUUCAUUCCCAUCUGGGUCUCGUGGAAAAUGGAGGAAGAAGAAGAGGGAUUCGCAAAUUGGCCGCAGAAACAACUUCCCUAAUAGUAAUAACAACGGCAGCAACAAGCAUGAGGAGGAAGAUGAAGAUGAAGACCUUGCCGCGGCUGAAAAUGAAGAAAUGGAACGCGAUAACAACGAUGAUUCUGAGGAUCCUCAGAUUAACCUUCAAUCCGCGCCCAAUUCGAGCCUACAGGAGCCUGAACUCCUGUCGGAUGAUAAAGUGCGAGUCUCCGAGUUUCCUCAGGUCGUUAAGCGGGUUGUCACUCGGCCUCACUCUUCUGUGUUGGCCGUUGUGGCAAUGGAGAGGGCAAAUCAGUUCGGAGAAAGUAAGGGGCUGCCUGGAAAUUCAUUGAUUUUGGAGAAUGUGUCUUAUGGGCAGCUCCAAGCCCUGUCUGCUAUGCCUGCGGAUAGUCCGGCGUUGCUGGAUCAGGAGAGGGUGGAGGCUGGCAACGCCGCCUAUGUAAUAACGCCUCCACCGAUUAUGGAGGGGCGUGGCGUGGUUAAGAGGUUUGGGAGUAGGGUACAUGUUGUCCCUAUGCACUCAGAUUGGUUUUCACCUGCCACAGUGCAUCGACUUGAGAGACAAGUUGUUCCACAUUUUUUCUCUGGAAAAUUUCCUGACCGCACUCCCGAAAGGUAUAUGGAAAUUCGAAAUUUUGUUGUUGCGAAAUACAUGGAGAAUCCUGAGAAAAGGGUCACAGUUUCAGACUUCCAAGGAUUGAUUGAUGGUGUCAGUAAUGAAGAUUUAACUCGGAUUGUUCGAUUUCUUGAUCAUUGGGGUAUUAUUAAUUAUUGUGCUCCUGCACCUAGCUGUGAACCAUGGAAUAGUAGUUCAUACUUGAGAGAAGAUAUGAACGGUGAGAUUCAUGUGCCAUCAGCUGCUUUGAAGCCUAUCGAUAGCUUGAUCAAAUUUGACAAACCAAAAUGUAGGCUCAAGGCAAAUGAGGUCUAUUCAAUACUUCCUUGCCAUGAUGAUAAUGAUGAUUUGUGUGAUUUGGAUAACAAAAUUCGUGAGCGUCUAGCUGAAAAUUAUUGUAGCUCUUGUUCUCAGCCUGUUCCCAUUGCAUACUACCAAUCACAGAAGGAGGUUGAUGUUUUACUUUGCUCCAACUGCUUCUAUGAAGGCAAAUAUGUUGCUGGUCAUGCAAGUAUUGAUUUUCUGAGGGUAGACAUGACGAAAGAUUAUGAUGAACUAGAUAGUGAAAAUUGGACUGAUCAAGAAACUCUAUUGCUUUUAGAGGCAAUAGAAUUGUAUAAUGAUAACUGGAACGAAAUUACAGAACAUGUUGGGUCCAAGUCUAAAGCUCAAUGCAUUAUACAUUUUCUUCGUCUAUCAGUGGAGGAUGGCCUUCUAGAAAACAUUGACGUGCCUGGUGUUUCUCUCUCGUCCAAUUCUUCACAUGGAGAAGAUAAUGAGAAGUCGCAUUCAAAUAUGAACGGAAAUGUAGCAGGUUCUUCCUCUCAAGAUAAUAAAGAGAUGCGUGAUAGGCUCCCGUUUGCUAAUUCUCAGAACCCAGUCAUGGCGUUGGUUGCUUUUCUCGCAUCUGCUGUUGGACCAAGAGUUGCUGCAUCAUGUGCUCAUGCAUCCUUAGCUGCUUUAUCUGAGGACAGUGUAGCUUCUUCCGGGAGCAUCUUUCAAAGGGAGGGUUCUGUAAACGCCAAUAGGACGAACGUCGACAUCACACAUGGCAGAGACAGUGGCUCUUAUGGAGAACUUCCAAAUUCAGUUGAACAAAAAGAUGAGAACAAGGCUGAGCCUGAGGUAACACAAUUAUCUUCUGAACGAGUUAAAGUUGCAGCAAAAGCAGGCCUGGCUGCUGCUGCAACGAAGGCGAAAUUGUUUGCUGAUCACGAAGAACGAGAAAUCCAACGUUUGUCUGCCAAUAUUAUAAAUCACCAGUUAAGAAGACUGGAGCUGAAGCUGAAGCAAUUUGCAGAAGUAGAAACCUUCUUAAUGAAGGAAUGCGAACAAGUUGAGAGGACAAGGCAGAGGCUUGUUGCAGAGCGAGCAAGAAUGUUAGGUAUCCAAUUCGGAACUGCUGCUGGAGUUUCGUCACCUGCAAGUUUACCGGGCGUUAUCCCUUCCAUGGUCAACAACAAUAACACAAACAGUAGGCAGAAUAUGAUCUCACCUCCAGCUUCACAGCCGAGCGUUUCGGGGUAUAACAACAACCAACCACUUCACCCCCACAUGUCGUACAUGCCCCGACAGUCGAUGUUCGGUUUAGGGCAAAGGCUACCCUUAUCGGCAAUUCAGCAGCAGCAGCAGCAGCAGCAGCAGCCCGCCACGACUUCUUCUAAUGCCAUGUUCAAUGGUCCAACCAAUGCACAGCCUUCUCUUAGUCACCCAAUGAUGAGGCCAGUUACUGGAUCCAGCUCUGGAUUAGGGUGAGUUUGGUAGAAGAUUACUUGAACUAAUUGAUGAUUUGUGCAGCCAUGAAAAGAAGAAAGAAGGGGCAGGUAAAUGAAAAAUGAUCAUAUUCCAUGAGAAAGAGUUGUUCUUUUCUUUAACCCUUUUCCUUUUUUGGGAGCAAAAAGAAGGGAAAUUAACCUGAGGCAAUAGUAGUAGGGAUUGUAGUUUCAUUGAAUUAGAUGUAAAAAGGGUUAAAAGAACAGAAGAAGUAAAGGGGAGAAAGUUACUGAUGGAAUUGCUUCCAUUUUUCUUCUUCUUCUUCUGUUUUUUACCCUCUGGAUGUGCUUUCCCUUGAUGUUGCUAUUAGAUUUCAGGAAGAGCAAGAUGGUUAAAAGAAUUAAUUGUGGUGAA